AUGUACGCGCCAUUCCCUACCUAUGACGCACCGCCACCUCAGUCGGUCAACAUGUAUCCAGGCUAUUACCCCAUGAGCGAGCCUAUGGACCCAAAUCACCCAUCUGACAUCCACCUCGCAGGUCCUGCUCCUACCAGGCUACGUGCCCGUCGUGCACCCGGAGACCGCGCGUCCCUCGAGGUCGCCGUGCACCCAUACAGCAUGGAUGGACGCAUGUCGCCAACGAGAUACUCGCCAGGUAUUCCCCUGAUGCCCCCGAUUCCCCCCAAGAGCUCGCUGCGCGGAAAGACUGCCGAGGAGGAGGAGGCAAGAAAGGCGCGCAAGCGUGAGAUGGGCCGAGAGCGCCAGCGUCGCAAGCGCUUGCGCGACAAGGCCAAGCGAGAGGCUGUGGAGAACCAGCAGCGUGCUGCCGGAUCCUCUACGUCUACGCUACUCGGCCGGUCCGCUGGCGACAGAAGCUCGUUCACAUCCGUCUCGUCCUACGAAGGGCCAUCGUCUGUGUCGACUACGUACUCGAAUCUGCCUCCGAUGGCCAUCCCCAUAUCGUCACCGUCCCACUCUUUUGGCAUGUCAAGCUCCGGCUCGAUGUCAGACAUGUCGUCUCCCGGGCACUUGUCUCCCACCAUGGGCGGCUUUGCCUCUGACGAUUCGUCUUGGGAGCACAACACCAUGUUGAGCACUCUGACUUUGUCGGGAGGUGGCGACGCGACGGUGCGCGCCUCGAAGCCGCGCGCCCAGAGCGCAGCGCUGAGCAGCAUCGCUGGCUCGAGAAGAGACUCUGGCGCAGAAGUCCACGGUUACCCGACGGUCCAGUCCCCCGCGAAGCGGCGCAAGUCGGAAGCUGGCGAUCAGCAGGUCGGGUUGGGCGUCAACUUCGGGCAAGAAGGUGCGGGGAACAACGAGGCCUGGCGCCAAACCCGCGACCUUCGCCGCACCGAGUCUGCGGCAGACAACAUUCCUAUCGACCCGGCUUUGACAGGAGAAGCACAUCGAUCCCCUACGCCCCCUCCUGCAGUGCCUCUGGGCAACGGCAUGCAUGGUAGCCAACCCCAGCCGUCAAGCGAUGGUACCUACUUUGCGUCGACUGUCGUCAUGGCCUUGUCCCAGACCCAGUGGUCUGGCGAGAUUCAAAAUCGACUCGGUGUGGACCGCGCCGAUCUCGAGAGCAUGGGCUCCGGCCUGGCUGCAACCUACGACCGUUGGCGCUACGAACAGAACAGGGGCAGAGCCAGCUUCGAUUCAAGUGGUGGUCGGGUUUCUCCAUCUCCCAUGUCGCCGUCUAGACCGUUUGCCACGCCGUCGUCCCGAGGCGUUGGCCAGGAUUACACAUCCGAGUCGCCAUCGACGUCGUCCAACAACUCGCACCACAACAUGCCUGGGCUCAGCCAUAGACCGGGGUCUAAUCCUACUAUCAGUGUCGCGCCCGCUGGUCGACCGCCUCACACUCCCAAGCACCAGCACGUCAACAGUGGCUCGUCCUCCAACUCUCCAGCCAACCCAACUCUGCAGACACCUGCAUCCCACCAGAGCGCCUUCCCCCAGCACGACAUCAACCAGACAUGGACGGCACACACUGCCCGCAUGUACGAAUCCGGCUGGCGCGAGCAGUACCCUCCCCCUAUGCCCGGCCAGAUGAUGGCGGACGGCAAGCCUCGCAUGAUCCCGCCGCCUCCGCUGCAUGCGCCCUCGAACGCGCCAAUGCCUGCGCUGCACAGUCCUGUCACGGUACAGCCCGGCGUCUUCCAGCAGACGCCGGCACAGGGCGCACCGCGCACGUUUACGCCAAACAUGCCUCCACCUCAUGCCAUGCCGGGGGUGCAGAUGUACUAUGGCGCUGCCGGUGUUCCUCAAGGUGUGCCCAACGCGGUGCACCGCCAGCCUGGUGACGAGAUGCUCCAACUUGGUGGCCAGUAA